GAUCUAUUCUAUGGUAUGCACCGUUUUCCUGUUCUCUUCGUAGGCUAGUUUGAGUCAGCCAGAGUCAGCCGAGGCAAGUGGUACACUGGUGGUACGUCGUUGAGUGAAAACAGCUCCGAGAGGAUGUCCAAGAAGCAGGACAAGGUGGACAACGGCAUCGUCGCCGUGAAAAGCAAAUUCGACGCCGACAUCAUCAGAUUCUCCAUGAAUCGUAACGAGCCUAUGAGCUACGAGGACUUUGGAAAGCUGCUGGCACAACGGCACGACUUGGGAGUGGACUUUAGCUUCUCAAUCUGGUACACGGACUCCGACGGUGAUCCACUUCCCAUCAAUAAUGAUAACAAUCUGGCCAGGGCCCUAGCGAACGCCAAGUGCCUGCUCCGAAUUUUUAUACAUAGGAAAGGCGACGGAGCAUGGGACAAUGGAUACAGUACAAUGAAGCCUAAAAAUAAUUUGAUAUCUAGUAUCUUAGGUGGUACGCCGGGAAAGCCAAAAUCUAUAGUUAUUUCGAAUCCGCAUGAUUUUAGACAGGUAUCCGCGAUUAUCGAUGUUGACAUACUGCCAGAAACCUGUCGGCGUGUGCGUCUAUUGAAACAUGGAUCUGACAAGCCCUUAGGAUUUUACAUUAAAGAUGGUGAAAGUUUUCGCAUAUUACCAUCAUCUGCUGGUGGGGGAAUUGAGAAAGUUCCGGGUGUAUUUAUUAGUAGAUUGGUACCAGGUGGCUUGGCAGAGAGCACAGGACUUCUAGCUGUGAAUGAUGAAGUACUGGAAGUGAACGGUAUAGAAGUUGCAGGCAAAACGCUUGAUCAGGUAACGGAUAUGAUGAUAGCAAAUUCUUCCAAUCUCAUCAUAACUGUCAAGCCGGCGAAUCAGAGGGCAGCAUUGACGGCACCUCGCCGUGGUUCGUUCUCACGUAAUAGCCAACUGUCGUCGGGAAGUCGUCAGUCUACGCAGAGUGCCGGUAGUGAUGAAGAAGCGGAUGAGAUUGUCGAUCUUACAGGAAUGACAAUGCAGGAUGAUGCCUCGGCAUCAUCAACUCAUCACUACCACCAUCACCAUCAUCAUCAAAAUUAUGAUCAAGGUGUAUUACACCUGUAGAGUAACACGUUUUGUAUUUACAAACGUUAGAAUAGCAACGGACGACUGGUUAUGAGGUAUCGAAGUAGAGCGCUUCCUUGGCCCUGAGGAGACUCUUGUCAUAACUUGAAAUUGAUAAAACAUUGUACAGUGAUCUUAAAACAUAUAGAGCCGGAAAUCCAAGAUAGGGAUAGAAGAAAAAAAAAUUGAGGUAUUAGCAUAGGAUGAUGAGAAAAGACAUCGUAAAUGAAGACAAUUUCUGUACAGUAUUAUGAAUUAUAUGCGACUGCUAUUCCUUGAGGUGAGAUACUCUGUGAAUUUCGAGAUUAAAGAGAAAUGCUCGUACCUCCAUUUUUCGUAACCAAUUGUUCAUUGCACUGGGACGUCGUGUAUUAGGCUAUAAGGAAAGUGCGAAAGUAGAAAAUAUCGAUAUAUAAAUUUCGCUGCCUGACAAAUAACGUUCCAAAAGCAAAAAAGUGGCCUUACCUGAUAUAUCAUUCCAGCUAGAUUUACAAAAUGAUAGAAAGGUAAACAAAUGUUUUCUUAUGAUGCAGCAGAGCCACACGCCUAUUCGUGUAUCUACUUCGUCCACUCCACCGCAUGUUUAGACUGUUGAAGUUUUCGAAUUUUAAUUUCAUUUUUAUCUAUGUUAUCUGUUAUCUAAUUGCGGACUAAGGAUUGAGGAGUAAUGCUUUUUAGGGCGGUAAGUAUCAAAGAUACGUCAGGAAUAGAUACGAUUGUACUUUCGCGCGUGUAAAGUAUCGUUAUUUUGGGUGCCUUCGUCAAAGUGGAAUUGAUAUAUUAGAAAAUAUUACAUUCCAAUUAUAUUUACACCAUUAAAGAGAAGGAAAGAAGGGAGAGAGCGGGAGAUACCGUUUCUAAGAGAAUCUAUACUGCCUUCGUAGUGACACGAGUCCAUUUUUAUAUACGCUCAAGCCCACUUUUUCUACUUAAUUCGAAGACAUGUACAUAUAUAAAUAUAUACAAAGAUAUAUAUAUUUAUAAUAUUCUAGAUAUUUUUCUAUUGAGUGUAUUUUUUUCGUAAUUGCAAACUUAUCGCUUUUGGACUUCCGCAAUAAGUGCUGUUUUUAAUGGGCCAUAUCAUUCCAUCGCCAAAUUAUCAAUCGCAUCAAUUGCAUUAUCAAUUCCGCGAUCACUGAUAUAUGUAUACACUUUAUAUAAUUCUUUUGAACUCCGAGAUUUUCAUCUUAGACCGAAUGUCUAUAGAUCAUGUGUUAUAAAUCAUGUAUAAUAUCUAAAAAGGAAUAUCUUUUCUUGAAAAUGAUAGUAUGCAAGUCCAAGAGAGAAUGAGAGGGGGGAGAAAGAGCAUGUGUGCUUGAAUGAAUAAAGGAUUAGUAUUAUUGUAAGAUAAUCAUUUUAAGUUUAAUCUGUACGUUUUUUAUCGCUCGAAGCGAAAAAUCACUUUUGUACUUAACCAAAUAGAGUACGGAUUAGACACGUUUGCAAGAAGUACUUAAUCGUCUGUACUUUAUUGAGCCGUAGUUGUUAUUUGGAUGGAGUGCGUAAAUUAGCGUUCGCGAGAUGAAAUUAGAUAUAUUUUUAACGCGGUACGUCGCAUUGUACUCCUUAGUACGGAUAAGCGGUAGUUAAUAAAUUGCGAAAGAACGAAGAUACUUAUUAACGCUGUAAUUCUUUUUAAUGGCAGCUUAUGAAAUAAAGAUAUUUUAUUGUA